AUGUCUAGACAUCAGACGUCUGACAUGAAGAGUUUCAAAAUUUCGCAAUAACUUCAAAAAUUUCGUUUUUUCAAGAGAAAGCGAAUUCGAAAAAUAUUUCUGCUUUGUAGUGAGUUUAUAAAUUACUUUCAAACAAACAAUAAAUUACUAAAUAAAAUGAUAUAAAAAAAUAAAAUAAAAAAAGAAUUUAUGGUUGAAACUAUUGAAAUUCAAAAUCAACUCUUCGCUACGAUUCACGCCAGCUUUCAAGUGGAUGCGCCUUUAACACGAGGGCUGCCGGUUUCCGCUUGCGCAACAUUUUUACGACCUUACUAAUUUUUUAUCAUUAAUUUAGAACGGUUUUCACUUUUUUUCCGUUUCAGAACAACUGCCUGAACGUUUCUACUGUUUCUGGAAUCCGUGCGUCACUCAUCUCCAAGUUAGUUUUGUGUUAUUUUUGCAUCAUGGGAGUAUACACUGCUGUACUGCGUUUAAGAAAAUUUGUUAUUGGCUUCUGAAUUAAAAUAUAAAGUUACCAGUCCAAAGUUUUUUUUAAUUGUUAUGAAAAAUUUUGAAUUAGUGAUAACAAAAAUUUUAAAAUGAAAUUUGAAUAAAAAUAUGGGCAUUCAUUCGUACUUUCAUAUUUUUCAGAAUGGAGACUAAUUUCAUUGGCGAUGAUUAUGGGCCGCUGUUCAACUAUUUAUUUCGAUUCAUCGUGAUCGGAGAUUCAACAGUUGGAAAGUCGAGUUUAUUGAAGUAUUUCACGGAGGGAAAGUCCGCUGAAAUCACCGAUCCGACGGUCGGCGUCGAUUUUUACGCUAGAAUGGUGGAAUUGAAGCCUGGUUACCGAGUAAAGCUGCAAUUAUGGGAUACUGCUGGUCAAGAGAAGUUCAGGUACAGUUUUGAAAAUGAAUAAUUGAAUUUUUUAAAAUUUUUCAUGUAGAAAUUUGGUUGCCGGUUUUUCUGUCCGUGGUUAGUUCCCUUCGAUAAAGAGAAGAAUUAUUAUUUUUCAAAUACUAAGUGUUGGAAUUUAAAAAUAAGAUGGUUUUUCAGGUCGAUAACACGAUCAUAUUACCGAAACUCCGUGGGAGUUAUGGUAAUAUACGAUAUAACCAACCGGGCAAGCUUUGAACACGCCGCGAGUUGGUUGAAAGAAGCCCAGGACAACGUCGGCGGUCCCGACCCUUCGAAAUGCGUUUUCACGCUUGUUGGUCAUAAAUCCGAUUGUCCCGAAGAGCAGAGAAGGGUGAGACUUUGUUUUUAGACAGAAGUGUUGGUUUAAAAAGUUUUUUGAGGUUUUUAAAGUCACAAAAAUUCUCUUCAAAAUCUUUUUUUUUUUUUUUGAGAACAGCGCACUGCCUUGAAAACUUUAUUAGUUUGAUUUUUGCUUUCCCAAAACUUCAUAAGACAUUCUAGAAAAACUUCAUUCAAAAAAAGUCAUAUGCUUUUGAAUUUUCAAGCUCCAUGAAAGUACGUAUUAAAAAAAAACUUUAAAAAUAAAGUUCAAGAUUUUUUCCCAGGUAAACUAUGAGGAAGGUGAAUAUUUCGCCAAAUACCACAAGAUGAAGUUCAUCGAAACGUCGGCCAUCACUGGUGACAACGUUUUCGACGCCUUUACUAUGAUGGCACAGGAGGUCGGUUUUUUUUUGAAUUUAUGAUCUUGAAAUUCAACUUUUUUUCAACUUUUAAUGUUACAAAAUAGGGUUUUAAAAAAAGUUAAAAAAAUGGCAAAACUCAAUGGGAUCCAAAAAACCGCAUUUUUUUAAAUAAUAUAGGCGAGGUCUCAAAUUACUUCUCGUAGUUCUAAAAGCGACUUUAAAACAUUUUUUUGUUUCACUAGAAUUUUAAAGUUUGAUCAAUCUUCGAAAUCUUUGUGCUUUUUGAUUUUUCUGACUUUUUCACGGUUUCUUCUCCAAAUUUCUUGACAAAUAUUGAUAAUUUUGCUAGCUUACUUCGAAAAAAUAUGUAUCACUAUUCUGUAAAUUGGACGGUCAGUUCUAGAAAGUUUCAAAAACGCACCCGACCCAAAACGAGUUACGCGCGUCGGCAUCAGAAAAAAUAUUAUAUUUUAUCCGCAACGCGACCGCAGAGAUCUACUAUGGCUGAAAUUUAUUUCCAAAAACAAGGAUUUUAAUUUUUUCUUGAAAGCUUGAAGUUUAUUUAUUUUGAUCCCAAACUAAUGAAACACCAAUUAUCACUGAAAACGGAAGAUUUUCAAAAAAAUGUUCGCAUUUUCCAGGUGCACGCCCGGGUCAACGAAGGACAUUUGAGGCCGACAGAAGGCUGGGAAGGCGUCAAAAGCGGAAUAAUGCGCACGCAGUCUAUAUGCCUUUCCGAGCAAGAUUUUCAGAGUUUUAAUUCAUCUGGUUGUUCUUGUUAAUGUCCACUAAAAUUGAGAAGUUUUUGAAACAUUUUCAUAUACCCUCCUUUCUUUUUUUUUCUGUACCGCUUGUCAUUCAAAAUACGGUGUGCCCACUCAAGAUUCUAGUUCCCAGAAAGAGAUUCAGUCCGUUCAUUUGCUCAUAGUUGAUUCGCUUUGUCCAAAAUAAUAUACUAUAUUAACAUUGAUACUCAUAUAAAUCAGGUGAAAUUCAUUUACAACACAAUAUCUUUCAUAAUACAUUUUUAGUAUCUUUGUCGUGUUCAAAGUGAUCCCUAGAGCAUACUAAAAUCCCUCAAAGGAAUACUCUCAAAACCACUUUGAACACGCCAUUAGAAGUCUGUGCAGAUCUUGUCAAAAAUCACAAUCAAUUGGGAGGGGCGGUACCAGUUGUGAACAAGAAGAAGAAGAGAGUUUGA